GGCGCUGAGGCAGCCAGGGAAGUAGCAUUUAGUGGGACAAGUGAGGGGCGGCCUGGGUUCAGCGGUGGGAGUCCAACCGAAAGGAGGAGAGAAUAUCUGAGAGGGGGGACAGCGCCUGCAAGCACAGCUUCCAUCCCGUUCGCCACGCCCCAGCGCCCCGGGAGCUUGCCUUUUUUUCUUCAGGACCAGGCCAUGGAGAGCCAAGUCCGGCAGCUUCGACAAGCUUUCCGGUCCGGCCGGUCGCGACCCCUGCGGUUCCGGCUGCAGCAGCUCGAGGCCCUGCGAAGGAUGGUGCAGGAGCGCGAGAAGGACAUCCUGUCUGCCAUCGCCGCCGACCUGUGCAAGAGUGAAUUCAAUUCAUACAAUCAAGAAGUCAUUACUGUCCUUGGGGAAAUAGAUCUUAUGCUGGGGAAUCUUCAUGAAUGGGUUACUGCUAAACCAGUUAAGAAGAACCUGCUCACUAUGAUGGAUGAGGCCUAUGUUCAACCAGAGCCUCUGGGAGUCAUACUGAUUAUUGGAGCUUGGAACUACCCCUUUGUACUCACUAUGCAACCACUGGUGGGAGCCAUUGCUGCAGGAAAUGCUGUGAUUAUCAAGCCUUCUGAACUAAGUGAAAAUACAGCCAAGAUCUUGGCUAAGCUCCUCCCUCAGUAUUUAGAUCAGGACCUAUAUGCUGUUGUUAAUGGUGGAGUUGAGGAAACCACAGAGCUUCUGAAGCAGCGAUUUGAUCACAUUCUCUAUACGGGAAACUCUGCAGUUGGAAAAAUUGUCAUGGAAGCUGCUGCCAAGUAUCUGACCCCAGUGACACUUGAACUGGGAGGGAAGAGUCCAUGUUACAUUGAUAAAGAUUGUGACCUGGACGUUGUCUGCAGACGCAUAACCUGGGGAAAAUACAUGAAUUGUGGCCAAACCUGCAUUGCUCCUGACUACAUUCUCUGUGAAGCCUCCCUCCAGAAUCAAAUAGUGCAGAAGAUAAAGGAAACUGUGAAGGAAUUUUAUGGAGAAAACAUAAAAGAGUCUCCUGAUUAUGAAAGAAUCAUCAAUCUUCGUCAUUUUAAGAGGAUACAAAGUUUGCUUGAAGGACAAAAGAUAGCUUUUGGUGGGGAGACUGAUGAGGCCACACGCUAUAUAGCCCCAACAGUACUUACUGAUGUUGAUCCUGAAACCAGAGUGAUGCAAGAAGAAAUUUUUGGACCAGUUCUUCCAAUAGUGCCUGUGAAAAAUGCAGAUGAAGCCAUAAAUUUCAUAAAUGAACGUGAAAAGCCCCUGGCGCUGUAUAUAUUUUCUCAUAACAACAAGCUCAUCAAACGGAUGAUUGACGAGACAUCCAGCGGUGGUGUGACAGGCAAUGAUGUCAUCAUGCACUUCACUCUCAAUUCUCUGCCUUUUGGAGGAGUGGGUUCCAGUGGGAUGGGGGCUUAUCACGGAAAACAUAGUUUUGAUACUUUUUCUCAUCAACGUCCCUGUUUAUUAAAAAGUUUGAAGAGAGAAGGUGCUAACAAACUCAGGUAUCCUCCCAACAGCCAGUCAAAGGUGGAUUGGGCAAAAUUUUUCGUGCUGAAACAGUUCAACAAAGGAAAACUUGGGCUUCUGUUGCUCACUUUCCUGGGUGUGGUGGCAGCAGUGGUUAUCAAGAAAUACCGAGCUGUGCUGAGGAGAAAGGCCCUGUUGAUUUGUCUGGUAGUUCACAGACUGCAUUGGUCCAAUAAACAGUGAUGGACAGGACAUUUCAAAUCCAACUCUGUCUUUUAAGAGUGAGGCUGGAUACUACUGAAGAAUGAGUCUAUUCAACCUCUUCUACUGAAUUAUUCCUCUAUAAAUGGCUAAUGAACUGAUAAUUUUUCACUCCUACCAAAAUCAGAAAAUAUGCAAAUAUGCCAUGAUGAAACCUAAAAGUCAUUACCACUCACCUUUAAUAAAACUUGCCAUUUCAGCCAAGUCCUGACAUUCCCCAAUAAUAAGAAUAGUUAGAGAAUUUAUUCUAGAUUGUGCUAGGGGCAGGAAUGUGUUUGGCUAAAUCCAGACUCCUUGAAGACUUGAACCUGCUCAGUGACUUUCAUCCCAAUUCAUAGGACAUCCAAUCCCCUGCCCCUGCUGCCGCCAUCAGAGUGAAGCUUUCAAGAGCUCAGUACUGCCUAGGGCUACCAGUAGUCCUCUGUAGUACAGAGAGGAAAGGUUAGUUAUUCCUAGUUCCCUUUGAAGUUUGCUGCACUAAAAUUGGGGUUGGGGGAGCAAGGCUGGGGUGGAGGUGGCCCCUCAUCCAUUGGGACUUGAGAACUUGACGUCCAGCAGUUAGAGCUCUUCAUCCUUUUUCAUUUGUUCUCUAUCAUGUGCAGGUAGUUGGUUGCUACAGUCUGCAGGGUUAUCCAUAAAUGCUCUUUGUGAAUAAUAUCACUCAAAAUGUCUUGUAAGCUCUAAGGGCUUGCUAGAAAAUCCUUGCCAGUUUCCUGCAAGUAUCACCUGUCUUUCACAUAACGUUGGACUUACAUCUUAUUGAAAUCUAACUAGCACUUUUUAAAAUGCUCUGAUUAAAGUAAGUGUGAAAAUAUUGCCAUGAGCAGUAGCAUAUGCCUGUAAUUCCAGCUACUUAGGAAGCUGAGACAGAGAAUUGCUUAAGUGCAGAAGUUCUCAGCCAGCCUAGGCAACAUGGUGGUCCCACCUGCAAAUAGUCUUCUCAGGACCCUAAAGUUGCAAGUCAGUGAUCUUCAAGGACAAGUAUUUAAUCAUCUGAUUUCUAGAGUACCAUACAAGUAAAUUUCACUCUUUUAAACCUCAGAGAGGUUCCUUUCUAUUCUGUUCAGCUUGCAGGACUUAAAAUGGGGGAAUCAUUUCCUGUCACAAAAAAAAGAGGCCUUGGAUAUUAGGACUUUGGGGCUUGAGAGCUUCAUAGGGAAGAGAGAGUGGAUAAUAUAGAGAAGUUUAGAGAAUGCUGUUUAAGUGAGUUGGCCAUACUAAAAAGAAUGGAAAAGGGUAAGAGGAUCUCCUGAACAAAUGGGUAGAUCUUCUCUCUAGAGCCUUGCAUCACCAAGGCCUGAGGUCCCCCAUCCAAGAGGGAAAGUGCCAAAGGAGGCCUAUGUGGAACGGGGUGUUCUCUCCAGGGAAUGCUUUGCUGUGCCUUGGAGCUCCUGGUUGCAGGACCUCAGUUCCUUUCCUUGAAUUUGAAAAAGAGACUUGGCCCACUCAAUGACAAAAUAUAAUUUGCACUAUCAAAUGUAUAAUCAAUUUUGUUAAGUAAUUUGUUCCAUUAAGGCUGUCUGCAGUAUGGUAUAUCUUUAUCAUCUCACAAGGUGUCAAGAAUUAAUCACUGGCCUAAUUUAGGAAAACAGUUACUUAAACUGUGGUUCUGAUAGAAUGAUCAAUCAUAGAAUAUCUUACAUAAAAUUUCAAUAUGGAAUUCUCAUUUAGUAUAUUGUAUUUUGUAAUUUCUAGUUAAGCUAAAUUAUUGGCUUAUCUACUAAUAUAUUCUCUAAAAUAAAUGGUUAUAUUUCAUAAAA